CAAUGGCACCAAGAUGGAGAUUCUUCCUACAAAAUGGAAACCUGUCUUCAAUACAUAUUUCUCUUGUCCUGUUAACCUCACGUCUUGCUACAGCUUGCAGAGCAAUAUUUGGACAGUGUCUUCACCCCAUCGAGAUCAAAAAACAAGCAGCUAGUUGAAGCAGCCUCGUAAGGGGCUAUUUUGCACCAGUGCACUUCAGACAACAUGGAUUCGAAUUUGCCAUAUAGCUCUUUCCAGCAAUGUGUAUCUCACCAUCCGACAGAACUAGAUCAGAACGUCGUCGACAAGUGGGCAGCCUUAGGAGAACGCAGACGAGCAGCUGCACCUACUUCCAAGGACUCGAAACCAGGAUUUUCUCUCUUAACCCUUCUCGUACCGGAUGUCCGCUUUGUUAUUUACAACAUGCUCGUCCGCGAAGAAUUAUUUUCGCCUAUCUCCAGCCCCCUAAACCCUGAUCUCACUAUGGGGAGGAUGCGUGAGGGAAAUUUACAAGCUCUCUCAAGAACCUGCAAGACAAUCAGGUCAGAGAUCGAACUAUGGUACAAACAUUACGGUUCGCGGCUCUCGAGGAUGCCCGAGAUCGGUAUCUUUGCCCCGGAAACGACCUUCUUCUGGUUGGAUUGUGCAGGAUAUGUGGCAUUAUGCGAGGUGAUAGGAUACGAAAACCGGCAACCAGAACUGUCCUUUGCUCUUUGGGACAGCGCACGCUAUCAUUUGGAUCGAUUCUGGAAUCAUGAAGCCUGCCGGACGAUCCAGCACCUGGAACUAUGUUUCCGCCUCACCUGGCACCCUACGGGAACUCUCAGGCACAUGCCUUAUUUUGAAGGUUUCGAGACCAUGAAUCAUCUCACCUCGAUCCAGGUUACAUUCUCUCACAACGAGACACUCGACAUACAAUCCGUCAACGCACAAUUCUUCUGGCUCGACUUCUUCUACCGCAUCUGGAAUGAUUUCUGGAGAUACUCGGCGUUCUGCCAUCCGGGACGCUGCUGUACUUGCUGUCCCACGCUGCCCGAGAUCAGCGUCGGGAUCGAUAUGCCAUGGCUGAAGGGAGUGACGAUCCUCCCAGCACUCUUACCGCGUGGCGCUGUGGUCACUGUGAUUUCGGAACUCCUAGGCAUUCCUCCGCUGAAUUGGUACCGGCCCAUAGAACAGGCAGAAUGAGAGAUGUAGUGUAGAUCUUAACCUAGAAUAAAAUCCACAGAACGAAUAUAUUCUGGC